AUGGCUAAUAUUGCUUUGUGGUUCUCCACCAUCACUGCUCUGCUGCUGUCUACUGUCGUCAUGGCCUCCAAAUCAAAAGACAAUUCGCGUACUAUUGUGCAUGGCGGUUUCAUGUCUCAUAAAAUGAACAUUGCCCCAGUCAAAUACACAGUGAAUGAUCGUUAUAUCCCCGUCAAGUUGACCAAAAUGCAUGUAGCAUCGAUCCAUGAAUCACAAAAUACGGAAAAAGAUUUUGUUUAG